UACAAAUGGUCGUUUUUCGUGGAUGUUUGUCAUGUGUGAGAGAGACACACACACACUUUCAUUAAUUUUGGAAACUACAGCAAUAAUUUAUUAACAUAAAUAUUUAUCAAGGUGUUUUGGAGUAAUAAAAAUCAUUGUGAACAGUGUGAGAAGUGAAUUUUUGUUGCUCAGUUAUUUUGGUAAUUAAAUAUAUCAACCAGGAUGUCGGUGUCUUUUGCCCAACGCAGUAGGCCUCCGCCGAGUCAUGCUCAAAUACAAAAGAUGCUUGAUGAAAACAGCCACCUGAUACAAACAAUUCAAGAAUGUCAGAAUAAAGGAAAACCUCAAGACUGUAUUCAAUAUCAGCAAAUAUUGCAUAGAAAUUUGGUUUAUUUAGCAUCAAUUGCUGAUGCUAAUCAAAAUAUUGGAGCAUUAUUACCGCCUCCACAAGGAAUGCCACCAAUGGCUAAUGGACCUCAACAUCCAUCAAUGAUGGGACCUCAGGGACCUCCAGGUGGUCCAGGAGUUCCUCCUGGUGCAGCUGUACCACCUGGUGAAAUGCCACCUAAUGCACAACAGCCAUUGCCAAUGUCAGGUUUUCCUCAGGGACAACCAAUGGGUCAGCCUGGCUAUCGUGGUCCUCCUAUGCCUGUUCAAGGUCCAGCAAUGAAUCGUGGCCCUGGUAAUUCAGGUCCAGGUCCAGGCCCUCAGCAAUAUCGAGGUGGACCACAAGGCUAUCCACAACAACCUGCUCAACAAGGCUAUCCUGCUGCAUACGGUGGUCAGAAUCCUGGACCAAAUUAUCAAAAUCCUCAAGCAGCUGGUUAUGGUCCAAAUCCAAAUCAAAAUCAAUAUGGUCCUCCAAAUACUCCACAACAACAAGGCUAUCCAGCAGCUAAUCAACAAAAUUAUGGCCCACCAACAACUGUCAAUAGUUAUGGUGGUCAACCAGGUGGCUAUCCACCUCCAGGUAGUGCUCAACCAGGUGGUAAUUAUGGUCCACCACCACCAAAUCAACAAGGCUAUCCUCCUCCAUCACCAGCACAACAAAAUUUCAAUCAAAAUGCAAAUCCAGGACAACCACAACAACAACAACCUCAGCCCCAGCAGCAACAACAACAACAGCAACAACAACCGCAACAACAGCCUCAACCAGGUCAAUAUGGAAGUCCAUCUCCUCAGCCAAAUUAUCAACCACCACCUCAACCUCAGCCACCAACACAAAAUGCAUAUGGCUCAAAUCAAACUCCUGGUAAUUAUCCACCACCUCCACAAGGUUCUCAAGCAUAUCCAAAUGGACCACCUCAAAAUUAUCCACCACCAUCAACACCCAAUAAUGUUCCUCAACCAAAUCAAACAGGUCCACCUCAACAACCAAAUUCUGGACCACCACAAUCAAAUUAUUCAUCUCAGCCAAGUCCUGGUGGAGGUCCAACACCCUAUGGGCCAACAUCAACAUCACCACCAUUCAAUACAUCAUCUGUUAGUGGUGCUAAUACUUAUCCACAAAGUUCACAAGCAUCAAGUACUCCCACAGCAUCAACACAAACUUAUCCAAAUUCAGGACCACCACCAGUAACAUCACAGGCUGGUAAUUAUCCACCUCCAGGACCAACACCAUCUGGUUAUCCUGGUCAUCAACCUGGUCAUCAGCCUGGACAUCAACAAAAUCAUCCAGGACCUCAUCCAGGUCCACAUCAAGGUCCUCAUCAACCACCACAUCAGCCACCACAUGGUCCACCUCAUCAAGGACCACAUUCAGGCCCACAUCAAGUUCAUCAAGGUCCACCAGGACAUCAAGGACCACCAGGCCCUCAUCAAGGUCCUCCAGGUCCACAUCAAGGGCCACCUGGACCUCAUCAGGGACCACCAGGGCCACAUCAAGGUCCACCUGGUCCUCAUCAAGGUCCUCCAGGACCACAUCAAGGUCCACCAGGUGGUCCACAGCAUGGUCCUCCACCAAAUCAAAAUCAACCUGGUAAUCAAGCACCACCUGGUCAGGGACCUCCACCACCAGGCCAAGGACAAGGUCAAGGUCCACCACCACCAAAUUCUGGACCACCUGGAUCACAGCAACCACCUCAAGUACCACCACAACAACAAGGCCAACAACCUGGUCCACCACAUCAACAAUCACCAAGUCCUGUGCCAAGUAAUUUUCCAACGGGGGCUGGUCCUCCACCACAAAAUCAAGGACAUCCAUCACAAGGUCCACCACCAUCUCAACAACCACCAAGUGGAUAUGGACCACCACAAAAUCAUCCAUCAAGUGGUCAAGCAUAUGCACCACCUGGUCCAGCUGGACAGGGACCACCACAAGGUUAUCCACCACAUCCAUCAAGUCAAGGACCUGGUGGUCAUUAUGGUCAUCCUCAAUAUCCACCACAAAAUUAUCCACCUCAUCCACCACCACCAACUGGACAAGGAUAUCCACAGUAUCCGCCAAGAGGACCACCUGGACAUAUGCCACCACCACCUCAGGGACAACCACAACCCAAUCAAUACGGUGGUUAUGGCUAUCAACAACCACCUCAAUGAUCUUACAAAGAUAUUUAAAUAUUAUAAUGAUAAAUUAAAAUGUUGGCUCAUUUUAUAUACAUUAUUUUAUUUAAAUAUGAAAAAUUGGAAUUACUCUUUUGAUUUAAAUCAUUCAAGAAGACAAAAAAAAAAAGAAAUGUGAAUUGUGAAGUUGAAAUUUUAAGUUUAGAUUCCAUUUGUUUUUUUAUUUUUUUUUUUUUUAUAUAUAAAGAAAUAGUUUUUUUUAUGAGAACUUUUAUAAUAAGAUUACUGAGCAACAACCGUUUUUGUGACGAAUAAUUUUUUUAUAAUUGUUUUAUUAAUUUUCUAAUGACAAUUUAUUUUCUGAUUGUGCUGGAAUUACGUGUGAAAUGGAUUAUCAUUUUUUAUUUUUAUUUUUUUUUUUUUAGUUCGAUUUAUGUAUGAUAGUAAAUUGUGCGGGUACUUUUUUAAUUAAUAAUAUAAGAACGUAAUGAAUUUUUUUUUUUUUGUUUUUCUUUUUUUGUGAAAAGUCCAAGUUAGAUUAAGUAAUUUGUAAUUUGAUUGUACGAUGUAUGAGUGGAAAAUAAUAUGUCUAUAUGGUGUAAACAA